AUGAAUCAAUUAAUAACAUACAAUAACUCGAAUGAUGGUGAUACAAGUCGACGUUUUACUGGUUUUCCACUUAAUUCAACAUUAGUUAGUUCUUAUACACCAGAUACAAUUCGUACUAUUAUUAAUCAUGCUAUAACUGGAAAACCUUAUACAACGGCUGUUUGGAUUCGUAUUAAUAAUGUUGGAAUUCAAAUAAGUGCACAAGAUCCUCAAAUAGCACGAACACGUAUACCUGUUUUUAUUCCAAUAGGACUUGCUCAUGAUAUAUUUAUGCAACCAAAUAUAAAUAAUGUUGUUUGUAUUGUUUAUGAAGAAGUUAAAUCAAAUAUGAAAGGUGUUCUUUUAUAUGUUGUACAUCCAACAGAUGCACAUUUAUUACGUGAUGAUUUUCGUCUUGCUAAACAAUCAUCAUAUUCAAAAAGUAUUGAAAAUCAAAUUAUUGUUGAUAAAUAUAUAACAGAUAAUAAUCGAUUAUUUUCUCCAACAUCUCAAAAACAAUUUAAUGAAAUUUAUCUUAAUGUUAAAACUAAUCGACAACAAUCACCAAGACGAAUUUUAUAUGUACGUGAUAAUGAUAUAGGUCUAAAUGGAGAGUCUACACCAUCAUCUAUUCCAAUAUCAUUACCACAACUUAGUUAUGCACCAUUCAAGGGUAGUUUUCAUAGUAGUCGAGAAAAUAGUCGUAAUCGACGUCAUAAAAGUCCAAAAAAAAAUAAAACAGGACAUUCAUCAAAUAAAACAGCAAGUGAUAAUGGAAGUAAAGAUCGACGAAAAUAUCGAUCACGAUCACCUAAAAGACAGAUCGAAUCACAAUUACCUGAUGCUAGUGAUAGUGUUGGAUUACAACAAGAACAUCCAAAUCAAGAACAAGAACAACAAUUACUUCUUCAACAAGAACAACAAAUAGCUGCAUGGCAAGCUGCUCAACAAAUGCCUAUGGUUCCAAUGGGAGUUUAUAAUCGUUAUGUUCCUAAAGCUAUUCCAUUGCCAACAG